UGGCACCAGCGCCCUAACCACGGUUUACGGCCUGCACACCGAGGCGUCCCCGCUCGAAAGGUGGACGUGGCUGCAGAAGGAACUUGUUUUUCCAGCUGGUGUCAAAGAAGCUACUCUCUGUAUGCAACUGGAAAUGCGAUACGUAUACAUCAAUCAUGUUGCUGUAAUAGGGUUGAAUGCCACAGUUGGCUGUUCUUGCGACUGACGACCAUUACAAGACGGUCAUUGGGUGGAAUAUGGAAACCAAAGUGGGUCCUCUCUCGCCGUGGCAGUGGGUGUCCCUCUGCUUCCUCCUCGGCGACAAGAACGACUUGGCCAUCGACGGGAAGGUCCUGCCGUCCGCCUCGCCAAUCAACGGCACAAUCGUCGAUUUCACGAUUGCAUACAACCUGUCUGUGAGUUUGCCGGACUGGUACUUCGAAGACAAAGACAUGGUCCAGCCUUUCGGAGGCAGAGUCACCAUCCCCCAGGUGUUCGCACGGAAGCUGAACGAAGAGGAGGCAAGGCAGAUUCACUCGCUCUUGACACUUCUUACACUUCUUUUUUGAUGAAAUGUACUCUGAUUAGACGUAUUUCUUUUACUGUCUCACGCAGAUGAUAACCCUAGCAGAAUGUGGACAACUGGAAGAGGAUGAUUUAGGGGAAGGGGAGUGGCAGGUGUGGUCAGCUGAUCACGGCCGGAUUGGGACCAUCGUCAGCAACACAUCUGCGUCGAGCUAUUCGCUUGAGGACGUCGCCAGUGCU